GGCUCUGCUGCUGGGGCCGGAGGAGGGACGCGCCGGAGCGGGGCCGCCGGGACUGAGCGAGCGACAGACGCGCCACCCGCCGACGCCGCAGCCGCUUGGGGCCCGCACGGACCCUCUACUUGAGUAUAGAAUGAGCCAAGGAGACUCAAACCCAGCAGCUAUUCCACAUGCAGCCGAAGAUAUUCAAGGAGAUGACAGAUGGAUGUCUCAGCACAACAGAUUUGUCCUGGACUGUAAAGACAAAGAGCCUGAUGUACUAUUUGUAGGAGACUCCAUGGUGCAGUUAAUGCAGCAAUAUGAGAUAUGGCGAGAACUUUUUUCCCCUCUUCAUGCACUGAAUUUUGGAAUUGGAGGAGAUACAACAAGACAUGUUUUGUGGAGACUAAAGAAUGGAGAACUGGAGAACAUUAAACCUAAGGUCAUUGUUGUCUGGGUUGGAACAAACAACCAUGAAAAUACGGCAGAAGAGGUAGCAGGUGGGAUUGAGGCCAUCGUUCAACUUAUCAACACAAGGCAGCCACAGGCCAAGAUCAUUGUAUUGGGUUUGUUACCGCGAGGUGAGAAGCCCAACCCUUUGAGGCAAAAGAAUGCCAAGGUGAACCAACUUCUCAAGGUUUCCCUGCCGAAGCUUGCCAACGUUCAGCUCCUGGAUACAGAUGGCGGCUUUGUGCACUCGGACGGUGCCAUCUCCUGCCACGACAUGUUCGAUUUUCUGCAUCUCACAGGAGGGGGCUAUGCAAAGAUCUGCAAACCUCUCCAUGAACUGAUCAUGCAGUUGUUGGAGGAAACACCUGAAGAGAAACAAACCACCAUUGCCUGACUGGCUCCCAUCAGUGUUAAUAGCAUCACGGCUUCCUCAGAUCAGUUAUAUCACUGGCACUACAGAAUCCUUCUCUUUCUUAAGGCACUUUGCAUUGUAGAAUGUUCCUGGAUGUUCUUUCUAGUGUUUAAAGGGGAGGAGGGAUUUAAACUGAUCCUGUACAUAGAAGGUUUGUUUUACACAGGAGAAAAAUUAGCCAAGGAACAUUGUUGUUUAAAUUCAUUUGAAACCAGAAGGGAACUUUUAGUUGUUUGUGUGACACAGUCAUUGAAUUAUCACUGUUUUUCCUAGGACAACAUCAGCCUAAGUACUGAACAGUAUGAAGAUUGUUAUCUUGGCCUUUCUUUCUAUGGAUUAUGUCAUGUAUAAUAAUUAUCAGAAUCACAUUUACUUGGCUUUAAAACAGAUUUUUUUUUUUCCAGUUAAGGUUUAUAUUUUAGACUUUUGUCUUUAUUUUGCUUUACUCAUACGUAUUCUCAAGGUUUUCCUAACAUAUACAUCAGAUUGAACACGAUCGUCAUUCAAAUAUGGGAGAUGCUAGUAAAGUCGCUCCACUCUUUAAUCUUUCUUCUGCUUAGCAGUGAAAAACAAGUUUUGCCCCAUUUAGGGACCCUUUGAAGGGUUUUAUUUUUAUGCUGCUGAAUAUCAUGUCUAUAAUAGACCCAUGCAUGCAGCCUUUCCUCCUCUUUCCUCCCCUCUUUUUUUGGUCCUUGUUGACAUCACAAGCUUUUAACACGUUUUUGACCGUGGAACUCUGUUAUUGGAAAUAUAAGUCCCCAGCCAGUUAACUCUCAUGAUGAUAUUACUGGUAUGUAACUCAUUCUAGUAUGGUGUUCUGUGCUAUAGAGUCUGUGUAGUGCUAUCCAUAUUCAGAGUUCUGGUUGGUUGGUUGGUUUUCGGUUUUAGUUUCCUUUUAGGGGGCAGGGGGAAUCAGAACUCUGUUUCUUAGUUCAUGAGACCUGCAUUAUUUCAAGUUUUAUAGUAUCUUAAGGUGUAUAUUUUAUUAUUGGCUUAGCUUUUAAAGUAUAUCAGUCCAAAAAAAUUUGGCCUUUUCCCAUGGGGAAACAAACGAAACUGUUCUUCAGAACAGAUAUUCUACUUUUAUCUUACCGUUUUAAUUAAAAAGAACUAGGUUUGUUUAACUUUUAGGGUUUCUCAUUAAUGUAUCCCCACCAUCUAAGAAUUUCCCCCCAAGAAACUUCUAUAAUAUUAAUGGUUUGCUUGAGCUACAAGAACUGCCAUUUAAAAAAUAAUGGGACUGUAUAUGGUUUAUUGUUAAAUAGUACCUAUGGAAUAUGUACAAACUGGAUCUACAAACAAAUAUUUUAAACUGGACCAGGUGGGUAUUGACAUAACCCAUCAAAAUAUGCUCUGCAAUGAUUCUGCUUAAUGUUCAAGUUCAGUAACUAAGGCAUAUGUUUUAUGUUCUGCUUGCAAGGCAAGUGGCAGUGCUUUUAUAUGUUGGGGGGUAGGGUAGGCUGAUUUGUGCUAAGACUCACUUCUGAUUGAGAGGGAUAGGACUUGGGCUAAUUUUUUUCUUGGAGAAUCUUUCUAGGAUUUUUUGUUUUUUGUCUUUUUUUAAAAAAAAAUACAUAUUUUUCUGAAUGUAUCAUGUCUUCAUUAACAACACCAAAUACAUAUGGUGUAUACUGAACUUGUUUACUAUGUUGAAAUGUCCUUUUUAUUUUUAGUAGCCCAGGUUCUUGAGUUUUGUUCAAGACAGGUUUUUUUCUUAGCCGAGGCAUAGUUCUAGGGAGGACAAUUAAUUAAGCCAGAAUUUUGUGUGUGAAAAGACACUUUCCUAUCCAGAUCUUUUUCUGGUUGUGAGAGAGUGGGAGUACGGUCCAAAUAAGCCUGUUAGGUUACUCAUGCAGCAUGUGCUUUUAGCUUCUAUAUUGAUUGAGCAUCAGAUAUCCCUUUGUGAGUUGACCUUCAGCUCCUUUUGCUUAUAUGUGUAAACUUCAGGCAUUACUACAUUUUAUAUCUACCAGGCUAUUCAAGCAAUAGUAUUUGAACCACUAGCCUUUUAAAUAAAAUUCUGCCCCAUUGCUACUGUGCGAUAUUGAGUCCACUUUCAUUUCUUGCCAGAUUUCUUUGCACUGCUUUAGGCAUCCCAGUUUGCUAUAGCAAAAGGACUUAAUGCUUAGUCUUUGGACUUCUCUCUGUACUUUUCGCCUUUUUUUUUUUUCAAUGCACUGUCCAAGUGAAAUGUCCUAGUUGUCAUGGUGAUAGAGGGCCAGCUUUUCAGGCAGCUAGCAGAGGUAUUAUUCCGUUCCUCUCCCAGCAAAGUUUAAUUCAUUUGCCCACCCAUUCUCACUACAUUAGAUGGCAACCAGUGAUGGAACUCUACAGAUGUCUGUGGUCACAUCUUGAAUGUGGCAGGUUGAAGAUGUGCUGCCCAGGAUGAGCUAGAACAGGUUGUUGGCUGCCCACGCCGUCUGCACUGCCAUAGGCAGUUCUUUGGCUGUCACCUUGGGACUCUCUGGACUGCUGAGGGCAUAUGUCUAAACCCGAAUCUGUCAAAAACCUUAACCCAACAAAACAAAUCUUGAGUAGCUCAUGCCCUGCUCUUAGGAAUUCUGCCUCUUAUUGUUUAAAAAAAAAAAAA